AUGGUUUCUUCUUCCUUCGUCACUUUCGUGGCUCUAGCCACCAGCUGCCUCCUCAUCCUCCAUUCGCGCAGCGUCUCAGGCUGGUCGGACGGCGGCGCGACGUGGUACGGUCCCCGUGACGGCGCCGGCUCAGACGGUGGUGCGUGCGGGUACCAGGGUGACGUGGAGCAGCCUCCGUUCUCCGCCAUGAUCACGGCGGGCGGCUCCUCCAUCUUCAAUGGCGGCAAGGGCUGCGGGGCUUGCUAUCAGUGCCCCGGCGGGCCGUGCGAGGCCGAGGCUGCGCACUUUGACCUCAGCGGGAAGGCGUUCGGCGCCAUGGCCUUGCCCGGCCAGGCUGAAAACCUCCGCACCGUCGGCAACCUCAGAAUGCAGUACAACCGGGUUCCGUGUAAAUGGGGCGGGCUAGACAUUGCCUUCAAGGUAGACGCCGGCUCCAACCCCAGCUACCUUGCUGUGCUCAUCGAGGACGAGGCCGGCGACGGCGACCUGUCGGGCGUCGAGCUUCAGGAGAGCGGCGGCAGCUGGGCGCCGAUGCAGGAGUCGUGGGGCGCCACGUGGGAGUACAACUCGGGGUCCACCCUGCACGCGCCCAUAUCGAUCCGUCUCAUCUCCGGCUCCGGCAACAAGCUCGUCGCCACCAAUGUCAUCCCCUCCGGCUGGCAGGCCGGCAAGACCUACCGAUCCAUCGUAAACUUUCAGUUAUUAUUGAUCCGGUACUAG